CCCACUCAGCGGAUAGCGUCCACGCGUCCAUGUGCCGGUCACGCGAUACUGCGCGAUGGUAUGGUAUUUUUUUCCGCUCUUACAAACGGUUUGACAUUCAGCCGCGGCGGACCACGAGCGCGCGCUCAGACGAGAACGAAAACAAAACGUACGAAACGCGUGCAUUAUAUCAAUCGAUGCCAUUAACACUGCCUACCGCCGGUGCCGCAUUUUCCCGCCUGAUCAUAUCACAAUCGGUGUAUUCGUGAAUUUUUUUCCGUUUAUUUCGUUCACAAUAUUUCUCACCCACGCGGUUUUUUUUUUUUUUUUGAAACGUCUUGCCGUCUCGUUACGCACACGUCGGUCCAAUUCGAAUAGCCGCGUUUUGGUUGAUGCGUACAGUAAAUAACAAUAAUACAGUGCCCGUUUUACGCGAUUAAUACACCACAUUAAAUGGUAAUAUUGUUAUUGUUUUAUAGUACUUGUUAGUUUCGCGUUCGUUUUCUGUGCGUUUCAAGCAGGGUUUGGCUGUGCGGCAGUUUACAUCGUAGUAUUCAUCGACAGGUGAUCAUAAAAGCAUUCAACGGGGAUGUCAUCCGAAAAACGAAAGUUAUUGGAAUUUUUUUUUCAUUUUUGAUGUUCGAUAAAUGGCUUCAGAGAUAAUACAAUUACAACAUAACAAUAUUAAAAAUGAAAUACGAUUGCCGAGGAAUAAACGUUUUAACGUAUUUCAUAAUAUGCCUCUCUUUUAUACCAGUGUCAUUGUGCUUAAUGCAAAACGUAUUAAAUCUAAAUUAUUGGCAAUGCGUAAUGAAAAGAACGGAUCAAUGCCCAGACAUGGAUAUCAAAAUAUUUUUGUAUUCCAGCGGUGCUAAACGAAAAAAAUUGAUAGAUGUUCGAAACAAGAACACACUCCGGUACAGCGGUUGGAAUCCUAGCAAAAAAAACGUCAUCAUUAUUCAUGGUUUUAAUGGAACAGAAAGCAAGACCCCGAUGACAAUCAUCAGAAACGCGUACCUGAACCGAAAAGACUACAACGUGUUUACCGUGGACUGGGAACCGCUGACAUUCUUCCCGUGUUACUUGUCCUCGCUGAGCAACACCAGGCUGGUGGCCCAAUGCACUGCUCAGUUCUAUGCCCACCUCACCUAUUCUGGGGCAUCGGCGUACGACAUACACUGCGUCGGCCACAGUCUCGGGGCCCACAUAUGCGGCAUGAUAAGCAACCACUUGACACACAGACAACACAAAAUCAUAGGUUUAGAUCCGGCCAGGCCACUGGUCGAUAGAUACGGUUCAGCCGAGUUCCGGUUAACCAGGGAUGAUGCGACCAUGGUUCAGGUGAUACACACGAACGCGGGAUUCCUCGGCGAGACACCUCAAGUAGGACACGUUGACUUUUGUGUGAACGGUGGUCGCUUGCAACCAAGCUGCGCCAAGGAGCCCAGGAAUAUCCGCCGGGCCCGGUGCAGUCACUUCCUGAGCGCUUGUUUCUUCGCAGCUUCGGUCUCGGAACGGGGUAAGCGCCACCAAGGCAUACCCUGCACGUCCACGUGCGAACCACUGUCCAGGACGUUCGUCAAAGACGUACCCGUGUCCAUGGGAUUCCACACUCCGGACAAUGCUCGAGGAACAUACUGCAUUCAAAUGCGUAACAGUAAAGCGUGUCCAUUCGAUUAGACCGGAACCUCCAACGGGUAAAUAAUGAGACGCGUUCGGAGAAUUCGAGAAAACGAGACGAGAAAUAAUACAAGUAAACACGAUAGAAAAAAAGUGCGUGUUAGAAGAAACGGAAAAUCCAAAGUAAACCAAAGAUUGUUUAUGUGCGAACUGGUUACCGUAGUUAAAUAUAACGCACCGUUUCUAAAUAUUAUGUAUAAUAACUUGUACAAUAUAUUAAAUAAUAAUUAUUAAUACAUGAUACAAUAACGAAUUCUGCGUGAAAUAAAUACACCGUCAUCAUCGUA